GGAGGGAGAGAGGGCUAAUGUGUGUGUGGCAGCGUGAGCCACCAGCAGCAUGAGGUCACUCCGUUUACUCCGUGUGUUCCUGCUUCCUGCCUCCAUGUUGGUUCUGCUGCUAUUUGUGAGUUCAUACUGGCUACCUCAGGGGACCCCAGAGGGUUGUAAUUCAGUCUGGAGACCCUGCUUCAGUGUGUACAGCCAAACAAGCAAGCCAGAGCCUCAUGCCAUUGCUGAAAGCAACCAUAUCGCUGAGAAUGACAUCCUCAUGGAAGAGUGUCCUGGGCAGGACUUUCAGGUGUCCCAUCUCUAUUCACACCUGACCUAUGCCUUAGGCCCCGCCUCUGAUGUCAUACUGGAUGAAUACCUGUCCAGCUGGGAGGAGCUUAUCAAGUUCAUGAACUCCCUUGGCGCUCUUGUGAGCUUCUUCUCCCCGAAAGUCCAGGAAAAGAUCACACUCUUACGUGACCUCUCCUCUCCCUCCUCUCACAUUGCCCGGAGCGCCCUGUGGCAGCAGCGCCUCAACAAUGCCGCUGCUGUGGACACCCCUCUCCCCCUAGACGCAGGUACCUACCACUCUGUCCGCUCCAUGCUGGACGGCGAGCUGGGCGCCGGCCUGGUGGACUUCAGCCGGCACACUCCGUCAGGCAGUCGUACUUUGCUGCGGCUCCACCGCUCGCUGCUCUGGCUGCGGCUGCUCCUCGAUAAGCUCCACGAGGGCCCUGAUGCCGAGGGCCACCUGCGCUCGCCCGGGGAGCUGUGCCGUGAGGCCUACCGGCAGGCCCUGGCACCGCACCACCCGUGGCUCCUGAGGCAGGCCGCCGAGGUGGCGUUCGGUGCCAUGCCGGCCCGGAAGGUGUUCCUGGAGCUGGUGUGCGUGACCUCGCAGGAGGAGGCCAAACCGGUGAUGCGGACACUGGUCGCUGCCAUCAAGAAAGUGCAUCACAGGACUCAGAGGAUGCUGGAGGAGAGAAACAUGCUGGAACUGCCCUAGGGAUGGGGAGGAAGGGAAGGGAACAGAAAAAGACAAAUUGAGUGAGGGAGGUGAAGUGGAAAUGAGUGGAGGAGAGAACUGGAGUCUGAGGGGAAAAAAUAUGUAAAGAGAGAAAAAGAGCUCUACAAGUGUGAAAGCUGUGGAACAAGGGAUGAAGAGUGUAGGAAAGGCAAAGGGCAAGGAAGGAGAAAGAGAGGGGAGAGAAAUAUAGGGGGAGAAAGAGAAAGAAAGCUGAAUGAAUGAUUUUAUGAGCUAAAGAUCCCUAGGACCACGCCUUAUAACAACGUAAAAGAUGUCUCUAGCAGGUCUAUGGCAUUGGCACUGUCAUGGCAUAAGAACACAAUUUGUAAUUAACUAUUAAUCCAAUAUUUUAUUUUAUUUUUGAAGCCUGCAAGUUAUUGUGUGCAGUACUCGUGGCUGCAUCAAUUGAACAGCAUUUUACAAAGAAAAUCCACCAUUACGGACGUCAAUCCCGUUUUCCACUGUUUAAGUGUGCGUUUUACUAAAAGUUGGCUAAUAAAGCAAACGUAGCACAAGUGCACAGCAAUCA